GUUAGACCUUACAAUCCAAUUUUAGUGCUCCAUUUUUGGGUUGAUUUGUAAAUGAUAUUAAUGGGAUCGUAUGGUAGAACUGGAAGAAGGCGUAAGCGUAAAAGGGACGGUGAUUAUCGAAGGGAAUUUGGUGCAGCUGUGUUUGAACAAGGCUAUAUUGAACUCCUAAAGUGGGCGAAACGAAAUGGCAUCUCCUUCGGUAAACUUCGUCCAGCGUACUUUCGACAGACAGGAAGAGGUUUGAUGACUUGUAGAAAGCUUUCAAAAGGUGAUUUAGUGAUAUCUGUUCCAGAGAAAAUGUUAAUUACGACAAAAACAGCGGAAAGGAGCCAGAUUGUGAAAACGUUCAUCAAACUACAACCGAAGUAUUCCCUGACAGCGAUUCAGAUUUUAUGCAUUUUUAUCUUGUAUGAAAAAUUCCAGGGAGGAAGCUCUUUCUGGUACCCUUACAUUAGAACAUUACCCACAUCUUUUAACACUCCUGCUUACUUCAAAGCAGAAGAGCUUAGUGCUUUGCCGUCUAGUUUACAGCAACAGUGUGUUUCCCAGAUCAAAACUGUGCGUGAAUCUUUUGAAGAGCUGAAAGGAUAUGUUGAAAAUGAUUCAACUAUGCUGGAUAAAGCAUUUUUGGAUUUCUUGACUUUUGAUGAGUUCAGAUGGGCGUGGUUUGUAGUUAACACAAGGUCUGUGUUCAAAGCCAACUGCAUGGAUUUGUUACCAGGCAGCAGGUUGCAGACACAGGAUAACUAUGCCCUUGCCCCAGUUCUUGAUUUGCUGAACCAUAAUGACACAACAGAGGUCCAAGCUGGAUUCAACCAAGAAAGUAAACAUUAUGAAAUUUGCACUUUUACACCCUACAAGAAAGGAAUGCAGGUUUUUAUUAACUAUGGGCCCCACGAUAACAGAAAACUGCUUUUAGAAUAUGGUUUUAUUUUGCCACAUAACUUGCACAAUACUGUUGCUUUCUCUGAAGAUCUAAUUUACUCAGUUGUUCUACCUGAUAUCUUUGGUAUUUCAAGAAAGAAGAGGGAAAUAAUUGCCAUUAACAAGCUACACAAGGACUUAUGUUGUUCAGAGGGAAGUGGUUUGUCAUGGAAUCUACUUGUCUUGUUGAGGGUUCUCGCAAUGAAGGAGGACCACUUCAAAAGGCAUUGGCAAAGAGUCUUGACUGGUGAAUUUCUUGGGGAUGAUGUUGAAAAUAGAGUUUCACAAUGGAGACAAAACUUAAUUGAAAGGGUUCUAAUAUCUUAUGAGUUAGAUGAAAAAAAUAUUGCUAAAUUCUUGAGUUCAGAUAUCCAACGAUCUGAAAAUGCAAAGUUGGCCUUGAGCUUAAGAAACCAAGAGAAACACAUCCUUCAAAAUGCCUUGGACCUGCUGAAGAUUUCUUGAUGAAAGUCCAUGGAAAGUAGGAAAGGGCAGCCACUCAAAAUUUUAUAUUCUGACUUUUAUUCUGAGACUGUGCUUGAUAUUGUACAGGAUAAUAACGAUGCACAGUUUUUAAAUACUUCUUUACUUUUCGACGUUUUCUAAUAUGCAUAUACUCAAAAGGCCCCUGUAGUGAGACAAACAAGGUUUUCCGUAACUGAAAGAAAUGAAGUCAAACUUAGUUCGACAUUACUUCCUUGCUGUUAAAACCUUGACGCUGAUAAAUUCUUAGGCUCUUUUAUGUUUCUCUUUAUAAAAAAUAGUUCUUAAACGACUUGAAUUCCUUGAAACAGUGUAAGUUGUGUACACGAUUUUAUGCCGUUUAUUUGGUACAGACGAAUGAGUCGCCUUCAUUUCAUUAGGAAAAUUGAGCUGUGAGUGGAAUUCGUGAGACUGAUGACUGUGGUAUGGCUAUUAUCAGUCUACCAUGUCCACCUGGGGGUAAACUUCGUUCACAAUACAUAGUGUUUCUCUUCUCUGACUUCGUUGAUGCAUCAGGGUGAAACGCCCGAAAAUACCGUGGAUCUGAAACCGUAGAAUGGAGAUGUGAAACUGAAAACAUGACUUUAUCCUAUCGCAUUCAAAAAUAACUUCUUAAAGCUAAAAGAAACGCAGCUUCACGGAAGUGACUCCCAGGAGA